GGGAGGGAACCAACCGCAGGGCGAGAUUCUGAAUCUGGAGAAAUAUUAGCAUGAUGUCGUUUUCUCUCGAAAUUUCAGUGUGGUAACGUUGUAAAUGCAUUGAUAGGUUCCUUCGUUUUAAAGCGAUAGUAUAAAACAAAUACCGUGUAUAGCAGACUGGCUUUCGUAAAUUUAUUAAACGCUGUUCUCAGGUCGGCUUCUGCGAAGAAGAGGCCUAUUCAUAACUAUCUUUGAAAAGAACGGUUGAUCCAAUCAAAACGCAAUGGACUGUUAAAACCGGAAGCCGUACGAGGUGGACUAAUGAACCUUUUUUUUUUUUUUUUUUUUUUUUUUUUUUUUGAAGACAGGGGGCGAUCAAAGCACAUUUGUUUAUUGGGAUGUGCAGGUAGGUCACCGAAACUUUGUCACGUCCCACUGCCACUCCUAUAAUAGCUUGCGGCUGAGGCAUGUUGUCAAACUGGUAUGUCUCGUACGUGAUGAAUUAUGUUUUCUCUGUGAAUGAAACAGGUGACUAUGGAAGUAGUUUAAUCAAAACCCGCGAAUAUGUGAAUUUUUUGUAUUCAUAUUGUUGAUCUAGCUAUAAUAAUUUACAGCGCCAAGGCAGGAAAUCUCUGGGGAAAUCUGAAAGUGUUUUUCUUUUAAAGUUUCCUUGUACGGAACACAAAAGAGUGUAAAGGUACAAUGCUGGGGUUUCCAGCGAUAUUUUUCAGUUUGCUAUCCCUGCUGCAUCUUGUUUGGGGCAGAGUGAUCUACAAUGGAAAUGAUGUGUUCCUAGAAGAGAAGUCAGCAGGUUCAUUUCUGUCCCGUAAACUGUUGUAUAACAGUUGGGAUUUUGAGUUAGUGACGCCUGGCAAUAUAGAGAGAGAAUGUAAUGAGGAAAUAUGCUCAUAUGAAGAGGCCAGAGAGGUGUUUGAAGAUGACAAAUUGACAGCCAAUUUUUGGAAAGACUAUGUCAGCAGUCAUGAGACUUUGCCUCGAAUUGAUGUGUCUGGUUUGGUAGCUGGCAUCGUGGCUAUUGUAAUAACAGCGAUUAUAGCCAUUGUGCUGGGCCUUUAUUGCUACAAGAACAGAGGCAAAAAUGCAAGAGGGGGCAGUGUUCCUGUGCGUAUGGGAGUGGAUGGGCAGCCAAUACCUGAAUCUGUGCCCUUGUCUAAUAUCGUGGCUCCGGGUCUGCCCUCGUACAACGAGGCUCUGACUCGCAGUGGCCAGCAUGAUGCCCCCCCACCGCCGUACUCUGGGGAAAGUCCACCUGAGCCGACAGAAACUCAAGUUGAGGAAUGAAAUGAUGUUUUUUUUUUAAAUAAGGAGAGGGGGUGAUAUAGGGUUUUACUUGUAAAAAGUGGGCAUGUGAAAAAGGGGCAUAGCUAUUUUUUGGGUCUGCAAAUUGGUUUUUAUGUGCCAAAUUAGAAAGAAAUGACUGUCAGCUGCAAAGUGUAGUUUCAGUCACUUAUUAGAUAAUUUAUUAUACUUGUGCUACAUGUUUAGCAGUUAAUGUUUUUAUUCUUUAAAAUUAUUUUGUUACUAUCAGUUUUAUUGUAAACACUGUCAAUAUUUUCAUGAAUCAGGAUUGUUUAAAUUUUUUUUUUUUAUGGAAUGGAAGUUAAAUGGAAUGUAAAUUUUAUUAUUAAUAAAAUGAAAAAUGUAGACUAA